AUGCUCAAGAAGAGCAUCGACGAGAAGGCGGGUGUUGAAGAGAUGGAUGAUGGGGCCGACGCCAAUGGUCAAGAAGAUGAAGAGGACGAGCAACCUGACUUCAGCUUCGAGUACGAGGGCGACGACGGCCUCUGCAACACCUCCUGCUCCAUGGACAGCACUGCUAGCACGCACUCCGCCAUCGGUACCGACACGUACCAUCACAACGGCUGCGACGAUGAGUCUAACACACCGAUCGGUAGCAUCGACGAGCUGCUCGAAUCGGCCGCCGUACGUGAAGGGCUGGAGGCAUUUGCUUCGACCCCCAGACCGUCACCGAAUCCAAGCACCUCCACGCAACGCCACCUUCGCUCUGCUGGGCUGCCGAAGCCGACUCAGCCUCCGGUCGUGGGAUCAAGUGUAAUCAGUUUGGAGAAACCCUCCACAACUCGUGCUCGGGCGUCGGAAGGAUCGAAGCGAUACCUGAACGCUUGGAACCGCCUCGGUGGGAGCAACCUCGAAGACUUCCGAAGCACCAUUUGGCGCAAACGCGAUGCCAACGACGACGACGAGCUGGCCGAAGCCAGCUACGCCAAAGUGAAGCGGGUGAAGGCCACCAGGAUGGCUACACAGCUGAAAAAGCGCUUGAGCGACCUCGAGACGGGGUCCAGCGCCAUGGGAAACAAUAUCGUUGAGUUGACGAUCCUCAUGCGCGAGGACAGCGAACGCAAAGGUGAAGCUCGACGAGCAGACGAAGAACAGCGCCGACGCGAUGAAGUCGCAGCACGCGAAGCCCGCUACCACGCCGAGAAGCUUGAAGCUGAAGAACGCCGCCGUCAGGAGAAGGUGGAGAUGGAAGAUCGAGCACGUCGCGAGAAGGAGGAAGCUCGCGCGCGCUCGCAAGAGCUCAUGUUCUUCAUUGGAGCUCUUUUCAAGAAGGAGUGA